CAGGGGUGUGAGUGGGAGUGGUUUGUGUGCACUAUAUAGAGAGAGUGACAGAGCAGAUUGGAGGACACUCUGAGAAAGACCUUUUACCCAAAGAUUCACCUGACUGUGGCUUCUGAAGCAACACACAAGGAUUAUAAAAGAUAGUUUACUUCAAUUCAAGCUCACAAUGAAAGUCAUCCUGUUGACUGUGGUUGCCCUGCUGAUAGUGGCUGGUGAAGGUACUGCAGAUAGGAUUUUGUCGAGAAGGACCAAGAGGGAGCUGGCCAGCCCACUGCACAUGGGAGGCAUCAGGGACCCUCAUGGCUCUUACUGCCAGAGGAGAGGAGGCUGCUGUCCGGGCAGAGACGACACGUGCACUGUCCCAUAUCUGGACACCAUCUGCUACUGUGACCUCUUCUGUAACCGCACAGUGUCUGACUGCUGUCCUGACUUCUGGGGGCAUUGUCUGGGGGUGCAGGCUCCUUUUAUCGGCACCUGUGAACGAAAUGGAAACAAGUUCUUAACGGGGCAAACCUACAAAGAGAACUGCAAUUUAUGUACAUGCGGUUCUACUGGGCGCUGGGAGUGUGAGCAGAACUCCUGUUUGAUGGAGGCGGACAUGAUUCAAGCAGUAAACAGAGGAAACUAUGGGUGGAGGGCUGCUAACUACAGUCAGUUUUAUGGCAUGACCCUGGAUGAGGGCAUUCGCUACAGACUGGGCACACACAGACCCUCCAGGACAAUCCUUAACAUGAAUGAGAUACAGAUGAACAUGGAUCCUCAGAGCGAGCAGCUUCCUCUUUAUUUCAACUCAGUUGAGAAGUGGCCUGGGAAGAUCCAUGAGCCUCUGGACCAAGGGAACUGUGCAGCAUCCUGGGCCUUCUCCACAGCAGCUGUGGCUUCAGACCGAAUCUCCAUCCAGUCCAUGGGUCACAUGACACCACAACUGUCCCCCCAGAACCUGAUUUCCUGUGACACUCGUAAUCAGGGGGGCUGUGCAGGAGGGCGCAUCGAUGGGGCCUGGUGGUACCUCCGGCGCAGAGGAGUUGUCACUGAGGACUGCUACCCCUAUAGACCCCCCCAGCAGACCCCUGCUGAGGUAGCCCGCUGCAUGAUGCAGAGCCGCUCAGUGGGACGGGGGAAGAGGCAGGCCACACAACGCUGUCCCAACACACACAACUACCACAAUGAUAUCUACCAGUCUACUCCUCCGUACAGGCUCUCCUCUAAUGAGAAGGAGAUCAUGAAGGAGAUUAUGGAUAAUGGCCCCGUGCAAGCCAUUAUGGAGGUGCAUGAGGACUUCUUUGUUUACAAGAGUGGAAUCUACAAGCACACAGACGUCAGCUUCACAAAGCCUCCUCACUAUCGCAAACAUGGGACACACUCAGUCAGAAUCAUUGGGUGGGGAGAGGAGAGAAAAGUUGACGAAAGAAUACAAAAAUACUGGAUUGCCGCCAACUCCUGGGGAAAGAACUGGGGUGAAAAUGGCUACUUCCGAAUUGCCCGGGGUGAAAAUGAGUGUGAAAUUGAGGCUUUUGUGAUUGGCGUUUGGGGCAGAAUUACAAUGGAGGACAUGCACAACCACCAUCACCACCAUCGCAAACGCAAAUAAAGACAUUUUAAAUCCUCAUGGGACAUUUACCUUACACCGCACUGACUGACGUGAACUUUACCAGUGGACCCACCAUGUUUCCUGGGAUACAAGAUCAAUCCUCUUCACACCCAUUUACAGUGUGGGUCGCUAAAACUCCCCUUAACAUGUCAACCUUCACGGCUUCCUCUGUUUUUAUUGCUCCACAAACAACUCUUUUUCAUCCUCCCCAGGAACAACCAUCUUUAAACACCAGAGUUUUAAACCACCAGAGUAUUAAAAAGUAAAAAAAAAAAAAAAAAAAAAAAACAGCCUUACCUGACAAAAAAGAUUAUUUAAAAAGGUCUAUUAUCGGCCCAAAGCUUUCAGGCUAAAUCUAUAAACCAGACAGAGGGGGCCAAGGGGACAGCUCAAAGAGGAGGAAAUUUGAGAAGCAGAUUGUUAGAGGUGAGACAUAAAGCUAUUAGGCACACCCAGGUCUAGUGAGUAACAUGAUAUAAUGUCUGAUAUGACCUUUGUGGCAUGGGGCUGUCAUUCAAACACAAGCACAGUUGUCUCUUUCGCUCAAUUUAACACUCUCAUUGAGUUAACAGUAGCUCCAGGCAGCGGUUUCUCACACUCACUGUCACAGAGAAACCUCAGUGCCUUUGAGGGUGAGAUUUUCACUUUGACCAAGAAUCAAACAGGAAGUCUUAAAUAUUUAAACUCAAAUCAGUUUAAUUUCUAUUAUAUGACCCUGUUUUAACUGUUUGACUGAUAUUUUGGCAAAGGAUUUUAAAAUAAAAUAAUGACAAUCCUCACUGUUAACAAAACGACAACAAAACAUGUUCAGUCUCGUCCUCAGCCCGGUCUUAUUCCAAAUCAAACAUUCUACUGUAUUUAAGACCAAUACGAGAUAUUCAUGUUAAGCUUACAGGUGCAUUAUGUAACUUUUCUAACUGAGGGUCUGCACCUACUUGAUGUUACUGAGAUGUUAUUGCUUUACCUGGAUUUUUUUUUUUUUUCACCAGUAUGGUAUUAAACUUUUUCAGUCUCCACAGAGACAAGCAGGGGACCCCACAUGGCCAAGUUACAGGUCAGAUCUGUGAAGGUGCAAAUCAACUCACAGUGAGCAAUACAACUGUAAUUGAAGAAAUAUUAAGUUGCCAUAUUGUGGAACAUUCUAGAUAAAGUAAUAGCAGUUUCAUAGAAAUGAGCAGGUGUCAGACCUGGAACAAUCAGUUUUCUGUGCAACUUUAAAAUAACAUUACAAUAGUUACUGUUUGCUUGUUUAAAGAAUUGUAUUUUAUUUUUGUAUAUAUUGUUGUAGCUAUCACAGAACAGCAUUUUGUACCUUGAUUGACCACUGCUUCUAAAGCCAGUCUAUCUUCACUUGUCACAAUAUUUCAAGCUAGCAGUUGCCAGGUCACAUUAAAGUGUACAGCCGAUCUAUAUGUUGUUUACAAGCACCCACACCCACUGUAAUUGUUAUGGCUGCAAACAUUUUCUUCUCUUCACUUCACUUAUGAAGUUUUUAUUGGAGGCUAAUUGAAGUCUCAACUGGUAUAUUAUUACCACUCACUGUAAAUUACAUAUUUGCUCCAACUUCAAAACACCUUUUCAUUUCUGUCAAAUUCUGGCUCUGAUCAAAUUAAUUUUGGAGAUAAUGUGUACAAUUGUUAUUCACAUUUUGUAAAAUAUGGGUUUGUGUGUGAUCAUUUCGAAUGUUUUAGCUUCAGCUGUCAAAACCAUUUCUUGUCACUACUGUUAUUGUCAUAAAAUACAGCUCUUUGGUGCUUAUUUAUACAUAAACGUAACUGUAUGGUAUGACCUAAUGCAGAAGUCGUCACAGACUCAGACCAAAGGUGCAUCCUCCAUCUUUACAUCGUCUUUUCCUUGGACCAAACUUAAUGUAACACAUUUCCAUUAUAUUUUGUUAUAUUGUGACAGAAACUGUUCAUCCACUGCAGAGCUCUCUCACUUCAACUGUAUUUUCCAUAAAGUAUAAUGUGAAAAAAACACUUCAUAUCCACUGACUUAUUUAUAAAAGGUGUAAAUGAUAUGCUUUUGUCCUAUUUCUGUUGUGCAUAUUUGUCAAUGAUUGAGAUACACAUAAAAUAAACUGCCUCAAAAAAUACUUGAAAA